AUGUGUAAAUCUGCGGCGCAGCAUGCGGGCCCGUCUGAGCCAGGGCGCACCCUCGCGCCGCCGUCUGAGCACCCCUUUCUGCAUGGCCCCCGUUGCGGCCGCGCUGGCGCCCGGGCAUUCCGAAUUGAGUCUCCGGCCGGACCCGGACCCAGACCCUCAGCCCAGCGGUCGCGACCGCGACCGCUGGGCGCUGGCGCCGCGAAGGCGCGCUACUUGUUAUCGGCUGGGCGCACAGCGUGCGCUGGCAGGACGGCACCGGCUUGGGCGGCGGCGUCAGGGGCGCUGCACGGGGUCGCACGGUGGCGGUGGUGCCACGUGACCCGUGACCCGCGCACCCCGCACGAAACACCCACGCACCGCGCCGGCGCGCUCGCGUCGCGGCGCCUACCGAAGCAAGCAACCGUCCGCGCUCCGCCUCGCACUGCGCGCCCGCAGCAUCUCAUCGCGCACCGGUGUGCCCUAUGCCGGGCGAGGUAA